CCACUAUCAAUGCUAUUACAGGUUUCUCAGUCACUCACUUUUCCACCACGUAACAUAUUCAAGUUUGAGAGUGUUAUAUGGAAACAUGAUAACAUACUGAUUUAAUAAUAAAUCUCUACGUUUAUUUUUUCGUUCUGUAAAAGCCCUUGUUUAAGUAUUACUGAUAUCUGUAAAAUUAUAAUAUGACGGUUGGAACCGUAUAUUAUAGUUUGUUUUAGUCACUUGCUUCAAAAUAACCACGCUUUAUAGUUCUCACUUCGUCUCCCUAAACUCGUGGCGAUGGCUUCAACAAACGGCAGUACGGAGAUAUCUCAGGCUGAUAAGAAUGUAGAAAUGUGGCGGAUCAAAAAGUUGAUCAAAAGUUUGGAGUCUGCUAGAGGUAAUGGGACGAGUAUGAUUUCGCUCAUCAUUCCUCCAAAGGAUCAGAUUACUAGGAUAGCGAAAUUGUUAGCCGAAGAGUAUGGGACAGCAUCUAAUAUUAAAAGCCGUGUGAAUCGCUUAUCCGUCCUGAGUGCGAUAACCUCUGUACAACAACGUCUGAAGUUAUACACUAGAGUUCCUACCAAUGGCCUUGUUGUAUAUUGUGGGACAAUAGUCACUGAGGAUGGUAAAGAGAAAAAGGUCAACAUCGAUUUCGAACCAUUUAGACCAGUAAACACGUCUUUAUAUCUUUGCGACAACAAGUUCCAUACAGAGGCCUUAGUAGCGCUGCUAGCAGAUGACAGCAAGUUCGGAUUUAUUGUCGUUGAUGGUAAUGGGGCUUUAUUUGGGACAUUAUCGGGAAACACUCGCGAGGUUCUGCACAAAUUUACGGUAGAAUUGCCGAAAAAACAUGGUCGCGGAGGUCAAUCUGCACUUCGUUUCGCACGUUUGCGGAUGGAAAAGCGGCACAAUUAUGUUCGUAAAGUAGCCGAGACAGCAACGCAACUUUUUAUAACAAACGAUCGACCGAAUAUCGAAGGUCUCAUCCUUGCGGGGAUUGCUGACUUCAAGAGUGACUUAGGACAAUCUGAUAUGUUUGAUCAAAGGCUUCAAGCAAAGUUGAUUAAAAUAGUAGAUAUAUCAUAUGGUGGUGAAACAGGAUUUAACCAAGCUAUCGAACUGGCCACAGAUACACUUUCUGGCGUAAAGUUCAUUCAGGAAAAAAAACUGAUUCAAAGAUACUUUGACGAGAUAUCUCAAGAUAGUGGAAAGUACUGUUUUGGUGUUGAGGACACCUUGAAGUCCCUAGAGAUGGGUGCUGUGGAGACCCUCGUGGUGUGGGAGAACCUUAGUGUAAACCGCUACGUCCUCAAAGUCCCGAAUUCUGAAGGAAAUAGAGUUAUACACUUGCGUCCUGACCAGGAAACGGACCGACGACAUUUCAUUGACCCGGCGACAGGAUCUGAUUUGGAAAUUCUAGAUACUCAGCUUCUUUUAGACUGGCUCGCCCUAAACUACAGAUCUUUUGGGACGACUUUAGAAAUUGUCACUGACAAGUCUCAGGAAGGUGCUCAGUUUGUUCGCGGCUUUGGUGGGAUAGGUGGUAUUCUACGCUACCAACUCGAUUUUAAUCAUUUGGCGGGUGGAGAUGUUGAUUUUGAGGAUGACUUCAAUCUUGAUGAUUACUGACAAACCAGUCCAACCUGCGGUUGGCGCAGGUUUCCGUACGGCCGUUCUCCAUGGUUUGAACACAGGUUUCUAAGGAUUAUUCCCAAGGAUGAUUUUUGCAGAAUUGAAAAACAGGCUUUUGAAGAGUUCAAUUUAAUUUCGGUUGUGAUACUAAAUAAUUUUCUUAGUUG